CACAAGGUGUACAACGUUUUUAUCAAACAGUUCUUCAACCAAUCUCUCCAAUGGAUUCUUCAACUCAGUCCCAGCUGCAACAUUCGUUCUCGAGGCUAUCGACAUCACAACCACGGAAUGAAGGAAGGGUGGUUAUUCCGAUGCGACAGUCGGCCGCAACUUCUUUCCAAUUGGACUGCAUGAUUAGGUACCUCGAGUUGAAUCCUCAUAUGGUCAACAAAAGAUGCGAAACGCCGUGCUACAGAGAAGAUACAAACGCUGCGUGGGAGAAGCUGGCGAACAUUCUAAACGGAAUGUCAAAAACCACGACGCCGAAAAACGCUGAAACGUGGAGGACCAUAUGGGCCGUCCAAAAGAAAUUGGUGAAGCAGAAAGUGGAGAAGGCUGCCUCACAAGACUUCAUCCAUGUUCGGUCGCAGCUGAACGAGCGAAACCGGAGGAUUUUGUCGCUCAUCGACUCGAGCAACGACGUGGACGACAGGCCGGCAACGCGACAACAGAGCUUCCAGGAAAAAUCGACACCAAGCGAGAAAGGAACUACUACACAGAGGGCCAGUGAAAUGCUCACAAAAGUUGACGUUCAUUCCCCGAACCUCAAGCUCGCUCCUAAGAGGCCCAGUAAUUCGGAUAAUUCGGGCUCCACCAGAACCCCUCCAUCUCGCCCUUGUCGUCGAGUCUCCGGUAACAAGGCGAAGACACCAAAAACCAUAAAGAACCAUAAGGCAACACCAGCCAAGCGGCAGCGAGUAAUGGGGUCAGGCUUCGUGCCUCUGGGCGUGCGACGACAAGCUUACAUGGAGGUAUGGAUUUAAAGUAGUUGUUUAACACAUUCACUGCGUUACGAGAAGUAUUUGGUUGUAAUUGAGUUUCGCUCUGUGUGGCAGCUAGUUUUCCUUGGUUCGCUCUCCGUGCGGGGGGGUGACUUUUUUCAAGUAUUCGUACAAGUGAAAAAGAGACACCUAUGUUGCCGGUGUCCUUACUUAAUUAUUAUUUCGUAACAGUGCGAUACGGGAACUAUUUGGUCGUAUUCUCAACCCCGUACCCGAACGUGCG